AUGACAAGAUUAACCGGGAAACCGGAUGGUGGGAUGCUGUCGAGAGAUGUGGGAGGCCAGGAAAUAUCAGGCAAUGUUCGCAAGUAUAAGAACGUCCUGUGCGACUUGGUCUCAUUGUCACUACUUUCCCCCACUUCUUUCUUGACUUUUAUUUCUACUUUUACCUCUACUAUGACUGUCCCCGAUACUCAGUGGGCUCAAGUCAUCGAGCAAAAAGGCGGACCACCCGUCUACAAGCAAAUUCCCGUUCCCAAGCCCGGUCCCGAUGAAGUCCUUAUCAAAGUGAAGUACACCGGAGUCUGUCACACAGACCUCCACGCCCUGAACGGCGACUGGCCCCUCCCACUUAAGCCCUACCCUCUGAUCGGCGGGCACGAGGGCGCCGGAAUCGUCGUCGCGAAAGGGGAACUAGCCCACGGAAUUGAUAUCGGUGACCAUGCCGGCAUCAAAUGGCUGAAUGGAUCCUGUCUCGCUUGUGAAUUCUGCAAGACCUCCGAUGAGCCUCUCUGCCCCGAAGCAGAGUUGUCUGGAUACACCGUCGACGGAACUUUCCAGCAAUAUGCGGUUGGCAAGGCGGCGCAUGUUUCCAAGCUGCCGAAGGAUGUUCCUCUUGAUGGUGUGGCGCCGAUCCUGUGCGCUGGUGUUACUGUUUACAAGGGGCUGAAGGAGUCGGGUGCUCGGCCUGGUCAGACGGUGGCGAUUGUUGGUGCUGGUGGUGGCUUGGGCUCGCUUGCGCAGCAGUACGCUAAGGCUAUGGGGCUGCGGGUGAUUGCUAUCGACGGUGGUGAAGAGAAGCGGGCUAUGUGUGAGCAGCUUGGUGCUGAAACAUACGUCGAUUUCACCCAGAGCAAGGAUCUUGUUGCGGAUGUGAAGGCCGCCACUCCUGGAGGUCUGGGUGCCCACGCUGUUCUCCUCCUCGCCGUCGCCGAGAAGCCUUUCCAGCAGGCUGUUGAGUAUGCUCGCUCACGCGGUACCAUUGUUGCCAUCGGCUUGCCCGCGGGCGCAUUCCUCAAGGCCCCUGUCUUCGACACUGUCGUCAAGAUGGUCAACAUCAAGGGAAGCUAUGUUGGUAACCGCCAGGAUGGAGUUGAGGCUGUUGAUUUCUACGCUCGUGGAUUGAUCAAGGCCCCUUUCAAGACGGUUCCUCUGAAGGAUCUGCCCGAGGUGUUCAAGCUCAUGGAACAAGGCAAGAUCGCCGGUCGCUACGUCCUUGAAAUCCCAGAGUAG